AUGCACGACCUGCCAGCAAUCUGGGCGAUUGUCAACCACUCCACCGCUGAUAAGCCUCCCAAAGUGCAGGCGGCCCUCUCUCAAGCGAGGCGGGGCUCAGGAGCAUCGUCUUCUAUCGAAGGAGAAUUGCCUCACAGCAAUCAAAGCGCUCGUGGCGAAGAGUCCACUUCUAGCAAUCCUCGCCAGUAUAUGUUUGUCUCUGGGAGAGCAGCAAAGAGACGAAAGCGCCGGCAUGUCCCGAGGAACAUUGCGACAAGAGAGGCCUCUUUUGACAGCGGCAAACACGUUACAAACACUGACGAGUCAAGUCCUCCUCGAGCACCAACAGAUGCAUUCCAAGACCCCCAGGUGGCUGCAGAAUAUAGUACAGUCCAAACACAAAUCGAGCCGUAUCCUCUGCAAUUACGGUCUCCUUCUGGUGCUCCAUGGCUACAUGGACAAUUAGACGCCGACGUGAUAACAGAAGUCGAAGCCGUGGACACUCCUGACAGCGAAAGUCUAGAACAAUGUCUGCAAAUCCAACAUUCUCAGGACUCGUCGGCAGUAUGGAGCCCCGUUUCGUCAGAGAAUGUCAGCGGAUCCUCGUCCGAGAUUGAGCACCUUAUAGAAUCUGGAUAUGCCAGUCAAACCAGCCUCUCUUUCAUCCCCCAAGUCUGCUUUCCAACACUGCAUGAUAAAUUCUCUGGCCUUCUCGACAUUUAUGAUCGAGAAUUCUGCAAUUAUCCAAUCACUUGCGAUUUCAGCAUCAACCCUUACCGCUAUAGACCCGAAACUACUCAGGGCUCCCAGCAUUUGCUGCACGCCAUUAUGGCGAUCUCCUGCCACUUUAGACUGUGGUCUCCUGCCCAAGCUUCCCCGCCUAUGGAGGCUUUGAGCCACAAAGGAGCAGCAAUGGUGUUAUACCAGGGAGCAUGGGCGGAGGUUGGCAACUACACCAAUGCAUUGAGCCUACUCGACACGGCACUUGCCCUCUGGCAACUUGAGGCCACCAUUUCAGCCCUCAAUAUAUGGAGAUCCCACUUGACCGACGCAUAUCACCUUCUGGAGCUUUAUGGUGGGGUGAGAAGAUGGUCGAUGAGCAGAAAAGCCAACGUCCAAGUCUCGAUGAUUCUUUGGUGGGACGCCAUGGUAUCCCUUUUGGCACGAACAGAAUGUGUCCUGCCCUACGCAUACCUCGAGACUGUCCUCAAAACCGAAGGACGCCAGCCGUGGACAUUCUACCAGCUGAACGGCUGCCCACGCGAGCUGUUCGUUCCAAUGACGCAGCUCGCCAACCUCUCCGGCCGUAAAUGGAGCAAGACGGUCUCAGUCUUGGUCACGGAGAUCGAGCAGUCCAUCACCAGGUACUCGUAUCCUGGCCGGGGUCUUGACUGCGACUCGGACGACGAAGAAACCAUGCACAUCGAACGCGAUCGCUAUCACUGCUGCGAGGGCUUCCGGUACGCGCUGUUGAUCUAUAUCCUGAGGGUAUUCCGCUGGCCACGAACCGACUGCCCAGGCAAGCUGAGCGCACGAAUCUCGUUCCUGUCACGGGUCUGCCUCGACCACGUCGCGGCAUGCCGACCGGACGGGUUCAUCCAGAAGCAGCUCCUGUUUGCUGUCUUCAUAGCGGGGUCGGAGACACGCAGCAUAACACAUCGUGUGCUUGUCGAAGAAUACUGUAGGCGGUGGUACGAAAGGUUUGGGUACCAGAUGUACGCAACCGUGCUGAAUGUCAUGCAGACCGUCUGGGCGAAGCAAGACGCGGGAGACGAAGCGUUUUGGUGGGGAGAGGAACUGGAUGCACGAAGAGCAGAAGAGGGAGAUUUUGUACAAUUUUGUUUUGGUUAA